ACAUGGCGGCAACCUGAUAGCAGCUGCAUCAAAAAUAGCAAACCUCACAUAUUUGUGCAGACAGACACAAAUAAAAAAAAUACAGCGGAAGACUACAUAACUAACAGGACAGCCAUCUACUUCGAUUCAGUCUGAAAGUCAAGGUUUUCUGGAACAUAAUCCUGAGUUGCCAGUUGCGAAAGGUUAGUGGACUCACUAGAAGAGCUGACAAGAAAUAUAGGAUUCAGAGCAGUAAUAACGAUACUAAAGACUGAAAGGACUCAUUUUGGUUUGAGUAUUUAGCUAUUGCAUCUGGACUUAGAUCAAGGCAAACCGAUGGUGCCCUCUCUGAAGUAGAGACCAUGGAUCGCUACCAGGACCUAUGGCCGAAAUACAGGGCUUGGGUUUGAAACAGGACCAUUUACCUCUCCCUCUGCCUGUCCCCAUCCCAUAUCAGAUCACAGAUUGAGGUGACAUGGAGCUAAGCAGUGAAAUGUUAUCUCGGCCAGAGAUCCCGCUCUCUGCUCAGUAGCACCUGUCACAGCCUGAACUCUCCACAAAUCUUUUCAUCCUGGACCUUGAACUCAUUGGGUCUUAGCUAACUGCCCUACACCUCUCUGGAAACCGUUACAGCUAGCCUACAGCUUCCCACAAACCAAAACUUACCCCUUCAUGUUUACAGACCUACUCUAUCCCAAAGUCAACAGUUUCUCUCAAUGCCCAGACCUGGCCACACCUCCUCCCAUGUCCCUUAAUGUUUUCUAAUUGAACUGUAUCCCUGAGCCACCACGUUACACAGCCCAGGCCAAAGGCUUGAGGUCACAGUGCAGUUUCAUUGGACUGUCUGGAGCACACUGCAGUGACUAAGCUCUAACUAACUAAGUUGAUUUAAACAUGAGUGACGGGGAGCUGCAGCACCUGGACUAUCUGACUGAGAAUGAGCUGAUGGGCAUGGACACGUUCAUUCACCGCAUCGACUCAACCGAGGUGAUCUACCAGCCACGCAGGAAGAGGGCCAAGCUGAUUGGGAAGUACCUGAUGGGAGACCUGCUGGGGGAGGGCUCCUACGGUAAGGUGAAGGAGAUGCUGGACUCUGACACGCUGUGUCGCAGGGCCGUCAAGAUCCUCAAGAAGAAGAAGCUGAGGCGGAUCCCCAACGGAGAGGCUAAUGUGAAGAAGGAGAUCCAGCUGCUACGGAGACUCCAGCACAAAAAUGUGAUCCAUUUGGUGGAUGUGUUGUACAAUGAAGAGAAGCAGAAAAUGUAUAUGGUGAUGGAGUAUUGCGUAUGUGGGAUGCAAGAGAUGCUGGACAGCGUCCCAGAGAAAAGAUUUCCAGUAUUUCAAGCUCACGGGUACUUUUUACAGCUGUUAGAUGGCCUUGAAUAUUUGCACAGCCAGGGAAUCGUUCACAAGGACAUUAAACCAGGAAAUCUGCUUCUGACUACCGACGGGGCACUCAAGAUCUCCGACCUGGGCGUGGCAGAGGCUCUGCACCCGUUUGCAGAGGAUGACACGUGUCGUACGAGUCAGGGCUCGCCGGCGUUCCAGCCCCCCGAGAUCGCCAAUGGCCUGGACACCUUUUCAGGGUUCAAAGUGGACAUCUGGUCUGCAGGCAUCACACUAUACAACAUUACGACGAGUCUUUAUCCGUUUGAAGGGGACAACAUCUAUAAGCUGUUUGAGAACAUUGGGAAGGGAGACUACAGUGUUCCAGAAGAGUGCGGGCCUGCCCUGUCAGACCUACUGCAAGGAAUGCUUGAAUAUGAUCCCCUCAAGAGGUUUUCAAUACAGCACAUAAGGCAACACAACUGGGUACGUAAAAAACACCCGCCGACGGAACCACCGGUGCCGAUCCCUGCCAGCGCGGAGAGCCGGGACGUGUGGCGCAGCAUGACGGUGGUGCCCUACCUGGAGGACCUGCACGGGUACACCGAGGAGGACGAUGACGAGCUCUACGACCAGGAGGACACAAUCAUCUACACUCAGGACUUCACUGUGCCAGGCCAGGUGCCAGAGGAGGACUUAGACGAGGGUGAGGUGGAUCGGAGCCGGGCCCAGGCCAAGCCUGUUUGUGUGAACGGAACGGAGAGCAAGGCCAAGCCAGAGUGCAGGUCCUCAUCCAACCCCUCCCGCAAAGGAGUAUCCACAGCCAGCAAGAUACGCAAGCUCUCCACCUGCAAACAGCAAUGACUCCACCUCAACAACCCACCUGGUGAGAAGGGUUCAUCUUUUCCCGUCCUUCUGUUUUUGGAGUGCUUGACAAUGGUGAGAGAAGCCUGCUGAUGUGGUGCCCCACGUUUCCUCCUGAACCAUUCGGAUACAAACUCUUCUUCAAGGAUGCCAUGCGCGUGACAGAGAGCGGGAAAGGGGGAGAGAAAUGGAGACUGCUCAGAGACUACCCUCGAAGGUCUUGGUGUGAAGUGCUUGUGUUUCCCUUCACUCCCUCCUUCCUCUGUUGUCUGGCUGUCCCAGAGGAGGCGUGGCCUGGCUGUGUGAGAUCUACCUUUUCUGACCUCUGCCUCAGUUUGUUUUAGUUUAUAGACAAUCUUUUAUUUUCCGGAACCUAACUGCAGUUUUUAAAGAUGCACAUUGUGAUGUGUAAAAAUGACAUUGAUAAAGAAUACGUAUAUAUUUAAACUUUGACGAUGAUGAUAGUGAUACCCAUGUAAAACUGCAUGCUGUACGGAGCUUUACGGAAAACUACUCAGUUAAGGACAGACAAAUGGACUGAAACCUUGACAACCACCGCUGAUGGUGAGUUGGGGGGGUUUGUUUUGUUUCCAUUAGUUUUUGUUUUGAUUAUUUUUUCCAAUAAAUAUUUUGUAAUUAUUUAUAUAAAACACAUCCCAACCAAACCCUA